CUCCACUUGCUGACUUAUUCCCUCAGGUACAUUAUUACUUAGUGUUAAAAACUAUCCGUUAGUUCAGGAAAGAUGGAAGCGAACGAAUGCCUACUGCCUCUGCGACCUGGUAGGUACUCAGCAACCAUAGAUUGCUCUUGUCUUGCUCUCCCAAUCCCUCCAUCCUCAUUGGCCGAGCAUAAUUAUUCCAGGAAAGCUGGUCCCACUAAAACGCACCAUGACCCACUGGAGUUCACAAAGUGCCUUAGUGUCAUACCCUGCCCCUCCACCUUCAACCCUUUGAGCCGCCUGGCCAUCCGGGUUCUCACUCUCAUCGAUUCUCUUGGGCCGUUCGCAACAUCCCACUAGGGCCGCCCAGGCCUUCGCAUUAUCAUACUAAUGCCGUCGAUGAACACCUCAAUCAUAAAUUUAACUCAGAAACAUUCGCGCGCGAAAGGAUAAAAAAAAGAGAGAAGCAAUCGCCGUUAUCAAACCGAGCGAUUGCUGUUGUGAUUCCAUAUAUGAAAUCAUGGACCACUCAGCGCCUUUCGCUCAUCAUCACCAGCAGCAAAACCAGCCAACUUCUUUCGAAUCCGAAAAAGUCGACUAUGGAUUUGACAGUUUGCUCGGUCACGAUACCUGCCUGACACACGGUCUCGAUUCUCUCGGUACCUGCAACAACACUGAGAACGCUUGUCUCGAUCAACGCUGUUUUGACCACUAUGGUAAAACUGCUGCCACCAAGAACGCUCUUGACAUCGGCCUCGAUCUUAAGCACGGUACUGAUACGGUCUCCCAGCGUCAUGACCAGGCCAACAACACCCGUUCCACGAGGGCAAAAAGCCGUACCCAAUCAAACAUAUCCAGUUCUCCUGCAAGAACAUUGUCCACUGCGGCAAUGAGAGUCUCAGCGCACCGACAAAAGCGAAGGAGACAGUCUGAGCAGACGCAUCAAUAUCAUCACCAACUAGACUACCAGCAGUCGUCGCAUGUGCACCAAAUGCACUCUCCUCAUAGCAUUCAACAAGAUCAGAAUCUCCAGCAUAUCGACCCCACAGCCGUUCUUCAGACCGUCAACGAGAAUUUGCAGCACAACUUCAACAUGCCACUGUUAGACAGCCAACAUACAUCGUUUGGCGAAUUCCAACACCAGAACCAUGCGUUUUCAAUGCCCAGUCUCUAUGAUCGUUGGCCACAAGCCGUUGCUCCCUCCUGGGCCAACAUGAUGGGCCAGGCCAACGUCGCUAAUUGCAUGCCAAUGUCGUGGACACAACAUAUGGGAUGCAACAACGCCGCCUCUGUUGACUGCACUUCUGCAUGCGGCGAUGCCAAAUGCUGGAGUCAAUGUGGCGAUGGAGAUCAUGCGGACUGCUGCUUCGAUGCUUCUUGUGACGAGUUUGACUUCUCCCAUGCUGCCUGUUGUUUCGAACCCACUUGUGCUGCCCUCGAGCCAUGCCUUGAUGCCUCUUGCCAGGAGGCAGCAAUCCCCUGCAACGAUUCGCAUUGCGUGAGCACCACCGUUUCCACUACUCCGGCAUCUGUGUCUGUUACAACGCCCUCGGCAGAACCUGAACCCGUGGUCAAUACCCUAAUGAGCCCAGUCGAACCAGGCCAGGGUGUUCCUCUGGAUAUUGACUCCGCGAUCGGUCAUGACUUUGGCGAUUUCUCUCAUGAAAUCGGACCUAGUUUUACUGAGGAUCUCAACCAACACGUCGGGAAUCUUGCAAGUCGUCCCAGUGGCCCAGGGCUGAGCCAUAAUGGCGCCUUUUCUAUGCCUUCACAAUCCCCCACACCGAAAACCGAGUUGGCUGAGAAGCAAGCCAUAAAAGGAGAAGCCGAUUUCACCUGCCAAUGGCUUUGUGAAGGAGAUGGCGUCCUCUGUUCCAAAAGGUUUGGAAGUAAUAAAGAACUCCAGGACCACUGUAAGAAUGAGCAUGUCAAGACUCUGCAGAAGGGCGAAAAUGGGUUCUGUUGCACAUGGUACGCUUGUAUAAGACCCGGUCCAUUCUCGCAAAAGAGCAAAUUGGAACGACAUAUGCAGACGCAUACCGGAUGUGAGUUGUACCAUAUGGUUGAAUAUCAGGCUCAAUUUCGAAGAACGCACUAAUUGGUCUGAUAGACAAACCAGUUAAAUGCGAGAUUUGCGGCAUAAUGCUUUCAGCAAAGCAAUCCCUGGAGCAGCACAUGCGUACCCACUCAGGAGAGAAACCAUGGAAGUGCGAACAUCCGGGGUGUGAAGCGCGUUUCAAGCAACAGAGUGCUCUUACCAUGCACAUGCGCACGCAUACAGGAGAAAAGCCUUUGCAGUGCGAAAUCUGUGGGAAGCGGUUUGGUGAAUCUUCCAAUCUAUCCAAGCACCGUCGCACGCACAAUGUUCGUGGUAACCACGUUUGUGAGCACUGCGGCAAAGACUUUCAUCGGCUGGAUCAACUUCGUCGGCAUCUGCAAACUCAUCUGCAAGAUGGCGGCCGCAAGAGUAGCAAAAGCUCAUGAGAUGAAGCUCUGAAACUUCCCAGAGUUGGGGAUAUCUCAUUUUGAAAGCAAAAAAAAGGAAAGUGCUGUCGUUUUGGGAUUUUGAGGUUGGUACUGGCGUUGAAGGUUCUCCUAAUUAAGCUGUCUUGAAAUUUGUGAUGAAAACUGGCGUUCCUGGACCAUGCUGCUCCGGACGAGCCACAUGAUAUUUACGAAGUGAGCGGAAGACUUAGAUAAAGGUAGAUAGAUACCCGAUUCCAUAAUGGACACGAAAAAGAUCAAGCUCUCGAGUUGAUUGACCAUGAUCCAGAAUGUUCGGCCGAGCGCGACAGGUACUGGUAGUUUAGAAUUGGAGCAUACUGUGUCCGAUGUCGUGUAAUGAUAUCGUUUUGGCAAUGGGGGGAGGCCGGGAGGGGUAUUUGAAUCUUCAUUGUCGCCUUCUGAUAGUUGUUCAUUCGUCCCGCAUACCGUCCAUUGAAAGUCCCGACUGAAGGCGUGAAUCUCAGAAAACUGUACAACCAACUCUGCACUUGAGAAUAGUUGGAUGCCUAUCAUUGAGACCACCCCUUUCUUCCAUUGAGACAUAAGCGAUGCACAAUAUAUUGGUUAAUCCGCGAUCCUCUCGAAUUCGAUUCUUUAGCAGAUCAAAUUAUCAUUCACUGCCUUUGCGGGGUCCUCUUUUAAACGCUGAUGCAUUUGAUACAUUCGAGGGCCCAAUUAAUAAAAGCAAUUUCAAUGACUCAUAUAUGAGAUCAGUGAGGCAAAACGACCAACAGGUGUGUCCGGUUUGGUGAAGAUGAAGGGAAAUGAGGUGAAAAUGAGAAGCUGGGUUUCCU